UAUUCGCAUGAACGCAAGAUGGCUGCCAAUUUAUGUGAAUGCAAGGACGAGUUGAAAAGCGAUUUACGUUUAUAGUUGUUAAUCCUGUUAAAAUUGUGAUAUUAAACAUAACGAACAUAACAAUAUUGUUGUGUAUGUGUUUACGUGGAGUCUGUUAUGAGUUAUCGAUGUUUUUAAAUUCAUAUGUGCAAUAUUUCGUUAAAAGGCAUAUAAAAUGUUCAGUGUUGAAUUGUGAUGAUUAUAUAUACAGUGGAAGAAUCUGGCUUGUUAUAAUGCAUGUGAUUGGAUGAUAGCGGUUAUAAUAUCUGUUUCGCGGCAAUGGAAAAGGCGAAGGCGUAUAUCAAGAGCUCCCUGAGCGGCGGAGGGGCGGCGGCGUCCCCCGCGCCCCGCGACCCGCCCGCCGAGGAGAGGGUCUGCUUCGUGUGCGGGGGCGCUGGCUUCGGAGACCAGUACACCAUCAGGGUGAAGCCUGACCCGCAGCAAGCCUCGGAGCCGUACUUCCCGUUCCUGUGCGGCCAUUCGGCGCCGCUGGGCUACAGGCCGGAGGGCGACCACGAGGGCUCGGUGAGGGCGUGCUGCGUGUGCUACACCUUCCUCAGACAGCAGUGGGAGCAGUACGACAGGGAGAACAAGCCGCACAGCCAACGAUUCUACUGGAUGAAGAGGCUGGACGGGAAGCCGUUCAUAGGAGCGGAUAUGUCAUUCCAAGGGGAGUACGCCGCGCAAGUCUUGGGCCUGGGGGCGGAGCGCGAGGACUCCAGGCCGAACGAAACAGCUCGGGUUACCGCAGAUACUAAGGAUAAGUUUACACACCAGCAGCGAUUCCCCCCCACCAGCGGCGCGGGUGGUGGUGGUGGGGGUGGUGGAGGCGGCGGUGGCGGUGGUGGUGGUGGGGGCGGGGGCGAGGAGGAAGUGCUGGACCUCCGCUGCGAGCCGUCCGUGAUCUCGGUGGGGUCGCAGGCGUCGGGCGCCAGCGAGCCGGCCGGCUUCCUCGAGGCCGUCCACAGCACGGUCCGGUCCAACGCGUCCGUUUACUCGGCCGCCUCCACCUCCUCCUCGGAGCGGGACAUCCUCGAUCUGUCCAUGCCCGACAAGAACUGUAUGACGGAGGUGUGCUACGUGUGCGGAGACGAGUACAGGAGAGGCUCGCUCGCCAACCUGCUCACCAACGAACCCAAGGAUAAGGCGAGCAAGCAGGCGUACUUCCCCAUCUUCGGCGAGCAGCACCCCCGGCCGGCGCGCUCCCGGCCCAAGGACGCGGCGGGCACGGUCCGCGCCUGCGCCGCCUGCCACCACCACCUGCUGCAGCAGUGGAACGUGUACCAGAUGCGCGGCGUGCCGGCCCACGAGCGCGUGUACACGCUUCGCACGCGGCCGCCGUCCCUGCUGCCGCCGUCCCCGCUGAGCCUGGCCUCGUCGGGGGACAAGUCGGUGGUGACGCACGCCCACUCCCCGUCCCUGGAGCGGCCGCCGUCCCAGGCCACGGCGAGCUUCGUGUGCUACGUGUGCGGGGUGUCCGCACCCAGCAGUCAGCUGCGGCUGGUGUACUGCUGCCCCAAUCCCGAGCGCGAGCCCUACUACCCUUUCAUCACCACCCUCAAGCCUCACCCGGACGCCAGCCCCAUAAGUCCUCAAGGCAUGGUGCAGAUCUGUGCAGCGUGCUACAAGAGUAUCCCGCACAAGUAUCCCGUGUAUGGAGACGAGCCCAGGGACCACACAGUCAACCACACAGCGAACCACGCCGCGCACAUACGUUUCAAACCAUACGAACUGAAGGCCGGUGCCGUCGCCAAGCGUCCGUCCAGCGCGCUCGCCACCAGCCCUCACAACCAGCUCGCUGAGAACGGAAUGGGGCUCUACAGAUGCCACGUGUGCGCGGGCCUGUUCCCGCAGCAGUCCAUGGAGUGGUUGUCGACGUCCGCGGAGUACAUGAACUCGCACGCGAUGCACUUCCCGUGCCUGGCGGGCGGCGGGUCUCGCGGCGGGCGGGUGCUGGCGUGCAGCCGCUGCGUGCGACACCUGGCGCGCCAGUGGGAGCUCAUGGACGCCGAGCGCGUGCCGCUGGAACACCGCCGGUACAACAUCCCCUCCCCGCUGCCCGCCAAUUCCGGAAUGAGCGGGGACCGGGUCAUCCCCACCCCGCCCUCCACCACCUCGGACAGGACGGUCGCCAGCAACACCGCGUGCACGUCGAUCUACUGUUUCCUGUGCGGGCUGCACUCCGACCUCACCCUGGCCCGCGUACUGUUCGGUCAGCCGCAGGGAAACGCUCCCUACUUCCCCUGCCUCCUCACACACCAGAGUCACCCUAACGCGGAGCAGCUCCGGGAGAACGGCAGCGCCCUGGUGUGCACCUUCUGCUAUCACUCGCUGCUGGCGCAGUGGAGGCGGUACGACGCGCUGGGGGGAGUCGCGCCCGAGAGGAGGGCCUACAACGCCCACGACUACCACUGCCAUCUGUGCGGCAUCAAGACCUACAGGAAACGAGUGCGCGCGCUGCCCAUCAAGGAGUUCCCGUUCCUGAUGCAGCGGCGGACGGAGAACUCGCUGCUGCUUGAGAAUGGAGACUACGCGGUCGUGUGUCUGGACUGCUACGAGAGUCUACGGACGCAGGCCGCGGACUACGAGCGGCGCGGCGUGCCCGUGGACAAGAGGGAGUACAACUGGCUGCAGCAACCGCCGCCGCCCGAAGACAGCGCAGACGUCACCAUCGCCCGGCUACCCUCGGGAGACCGCUCCGACAAGCUGAUACCGCAGUCGCUGGUGGUGGGCCGCGGGAAGAGACACAGUCCCAAGCACGCGCCCGCUGACAGGAGGCACAAGAACGACAAGAGUGACGCGGCUGUGAGCGCCAGUAAGAUAUCCAAGCGGACGGAUCUCGCCCCCAACAAGGGCGGGCCAUUCGCCGCCGCUCUCCGCACCCUGGCCAAGAACGCCGGUCCCGACAUCAAAGACGGGGCGGCCGAGAGAGACCCCGCCAAGGAGAAGACGACGGCAGCGGCCAAGAGAGCCAGUCCGCAUCACCUGCCUGCCAGUGGUUUUCAGCCUUACAGACCCGAUGAUAGACUGAGUCACCCUGCGGCCGCGUCGUUCCCCCUGCUGGAGCCGUCCUCGUACUCCCCGUACGCUCACCCCUCACUAUACACCAGCGCCGCUCUCCAGUACAGGCUGGCGGCGGAGGAGCAGAUGUACCUGGAGCGUGUGUUCCGAGGAGGUGUGGGGGUCGGUGUGGGCGUGGGCGUUGGCGUAGGCUGGUUGCCGCCCUAUGCACUCUACCCUCCGCUGGCGCCGCCGUUGCCGAUGGUGCCGCAUCCUCCGCACGCACCGCACCCCUCGCACCCGCCGCACCCCUCGCAUCCUUCGCAUCCCUCACACCCGUCUCACCCACAGCACCCACCGCUCCACGACGACCGCGAGAAGGAGAUGGCAUUACAGAGGGAGAGGGAGAGAGAAAGGGAGCGCGAGCAACGAGAGAAGGAGCAGCGCGAGCGGGAGAGAGAAAGGGAGAGGAGGGAGAAGGAGUCGCGCUCUCUCGGCGGGGGAGUGCACGGCCUGCACGGCUCGCCGGGGUACCAGCGCACGCUGCCGCCGCUGUUGUACCGGCCGUACAGACCCUACUACGAGGACGCGGACGACGCUAGACAAAAUAAGAUGUCCCAGUCACAAACGCCCGCAGAAGAAGAAAAGCCAGCCUCGGAGCCAGCACCGGUCACUCCCACACCCAAACCACCAGAAUCUCUGAAACCGGAGGAACCUCCACCAUUUUUGGAAAAUCACACUUUUACUCCACCAAAACCAAUAUCUCAUUCGCCAAAAAUAUCACCCUCAUCAAUACCCAAUCCAAAUCCUAGUGUGACAACGACGAAGCAGGUGGAACCAGGCUAUCCAAAUUAUGGUGGUUAUAUGUACUCAAUGCCUGGUUAUUCUGCUUUUCAACCAGUCUCAUUCCAGGGAAUAGUUCCUGCCUCCAGCACAUUGCCACCGUGUAAUGAAACAAAUAAGAGUGAAUAUAUACCUUACCCUAUUACAUCUGGAAAAGAUGCGGGAAAUAAUGAAAAAAAAGAAGUGAAUUGUAAUGAAAGCACAUCAUCCAUUUCCAUACCAAAAACGCAGACUGACUUUGAAGAACGUUUCACCGCUGAAGUUAUUCCUGCAACAACUGUAAGUGAAGCAGCGAAAGUUCAGGUAACAGAAUCAAAAAUGACUGUGACUUCUUUGGCACAGGGAUCAGGAGCAAUAGUUACCAUUCCAACACAAGGAAACACGAAUAUAGAUUUAAAAAAGAAACCAUUGGAAAGGUUUAGUUUAAAAACUAGCAUACCUAUUAGCAAAAUAGACAUGAAAUGUGUGAAUAACACCUCAGAGGCGAUGUUCCAAAAUAAUGUAAAAAAGCCUUUUAAUCCAGCAUUUCACACUCCAACCGUUAAGGAAAAUGGCCCAAAAAUUGAAAUACAAAGCAAUAUCGUGAUCAAAAAUGCUCCAAAAGAACCGGAAACCAAAGAUGUUGCUAUUAUUCCAGUGCCAAAUAAUAGUAUAAGCACCCUUAUUAAUGCAGCAGAAGCUAUAAAUAAGACUGAAACACAUUUUAAGAAACCUGAUUCAAAGUCUGAGUUAUUCCCUGAAAACCAAGAGCAAUACACAUCAAAUUCAAGUACGCCUACCCGUCCUAUUUUUAAUCCAAUAAAUUUAGAACCUAGUAAAGCAAAUUUUUCACCUAAACCUGCCGAUCCUGCUUUUAACGAAACAAAGAAUAUUUUGUUCAUACAAAACAAAAAUCCCUCUAACUCUAAAAUGUUGUUAACAAUACACCAGCAAAAUUCGCAAGGAUUGGGGCAAAAAUCUAGUUAUGAACAAAAAAACCUGCAAGCUCCUUCACGACCGUCUAGCCAAACUAAAAAUUGUAAAGAAGAAGUCGUUGAAAAUGGAACUUCUUCAAAAGUAGUGUCAUUAAAACGCAUGCACCAAGACAACUACGACGAAAAUGACUUUGAGAAUUUAAUUACUGAAAAUCAAAUUUAUGGCAACAAGAUAGUCGUGAAGGAGAAGUUACAGGGGACUUUACAAGAGCAAGAUUUGAAAAACAAAUCCAAAAUAGAAAAGACUAGCCUUGAUACAAAAAAUGUUGUUUUGACACCAAACUUUGUUUAUUUAAGUAAUGUUCAGUUUCCUGCAAAUUUAAUGAUGAUAAAAAAUAAUGUUAAACCUAACAAUAGUGAAACGAAUAAAGCUCGAUGUUCAGGUAACGAAGCUAAACAGAAUGACGUAACAGGAGCUUCAAGCGCAGAUGUUACAUCAAAAUCAAUAAAAUCUCAAAGUAUACCAGCGACAAAUGAAGGAAAUAUUUUAAAAACUAAUAAUAAUGUGGUACAAACUGUAACAAAUAAACUUCAUAACGCGGAUGCAUUGUUUCAACCUACCAAUCAAAAAGUUAUAAUGAAUCCCCAAAUAGUUUAUCAAGUUCCUAUGAUGAUGGAAUCUGAUAGUAAAUCAGGUCAAACAUUAGGUAAAAGUGACAGUCCUAAAGGAAUGGCACUUGAAAAAAAAGAUGGACAAAAAUCUUUUGAAAUAACAAAUACAAAUGACAAACUAUUUAUAGCAUGUCCUUACCAAAUGGACUCUAAUCUACAACCCAAAAUAGUUAUAACGAAUGUGAGGCCUAAAAUACCAAAAACUGAAGAAAUCAGUUCUAUAGACAUUUAUGAACAAAGAAAACGAAUGCGACGGUUGAAGUACUUGUCGAAUAGAGAUUCAAAGAACAAUGUUAGUGAUAGUUUAAAAGAAAACAAGAAAAAUCCAGAUCUUACCAAAAACAUUAUUACACCAGAGAAAAUGGGUGAGGAAAUAUCUAAAGAAUUUGCUGAAACAAAAAUUUUAUUACCAGAAGAAAGCAAUGAGAGCGAUAGUGAUUAUGGUGACGACGAUCUAGAAAAAUAUAAUUGUAUUAUAAAAGAAUACAGUAAAUGUAAUAAUGUUAAAGAAAAUGAAAACAGAAAAGUGGAAUUUCUUGCUAAUUUUAGAUUGGCCACUCAAGACGAAUGUAGAGAAAGAGAGUUAGACCGUCAAGAACGAGCUAUACGAAGAGAUUCUGUUGCCUCCGCCUACAUCGCAGCAGGUCGAAUAGACUGUCUCGUUAAUGAAAAGAUGCAUUCAGAACAAGUCGACGAUGCUCCGUUAUUUAAAGAAACAAAAAAAUAUUUAAUUGAAGAAGACCUAGACGAGAUGCAAAGGAAACGGAAGUUCUUAACAAAUUUGGACUUAAUUAGAGUAUCGACGAAGUAUAAAGAGGGAUAUGAAAAGAUUUGGAAAGAAAUUAUCAGGGAAAGAAAGCGUAGAGACAACCCGAUUGAAUCGGGGCGUAUAUUAAAAUUACCGAAGCUGGAAAAACAUGUUGUGGAAAUAGAUCCAGACGAUCAGUUACAAAUAUUGACGGAAAUAAAGAAACAAGUAAAUGAAAAUAAUAACCUUAUAAAGAAAAGAAUGGAUUCAUCGUGGGAUGACGGGGACAGUAUUAAAGUGCUAGCUGAGAAAAACUUUUCAGAAUUAAAUAGAUUAUCCAAAAUGGCAGACAGAAGCGUCAAGCAUUUCAGUGGACAGGAUACAAAAAAGAGGGACUUAAAUCCUGGUUUCGACAGUGAGAACAUUCAAAGACCUUUAAUAACCGGGAAAUAUUAUCCAAAUAUAAACAUACCAAAUAUAGCUAAGAUCAUUUCUCUUAAAUCUACUGAAUCUCCCAGUGCAGCUUCCUCGAGUCAAGCGACGUCUAUGGACGAACCUCUAAACUCAGCGGCGGGUGUCAGUGAAAUGUUCACUGCUGGCAAAGUAAACGAUUUCAGUUGCCAAGUCGAGCUCACUAACUCCUGGCCCGGCGUGGAAGCUUUGCUGAAGUAUUACAAGGAUUACGAAGCAGCUCGCAAGAAGGAAAUCUCGGAUCUUCAACGCCGUAACACAGCGCUACGUGUCGAGUGUGCUCACACAACACGAGCGGCGUCACGGUCGGCGGAUGGCGCACGAGCCUUGCUCGCGGAACGCCGGCACCUCGCCGACGAAGAGAGAGCAGCCGCUGCGGACUUACAGUGGAUGUAUGACGUCAUACACGCGGUCAGAAACCACGACAGUUAGGCUAUCACAACGACGACACAGCUACAACACAACUAUUGUAUACACCUGGCUCUACUAUCUUACAUAUAUUUUAAGUGACAUCUCUUCUGAUUGUACAUAUUAUAGAUUUUUUGUUUGUAAUAUUAUACCCAACCCUAUAGCUUACUUUACAUAUACAUUUCGUGUCUUUCACAUUUUGUUCAAGUAAUUGCUAUGUUCUCAAAUUAAAAUGAUCAUUUGAAGCCUAUACAAAACAAAACAAAUUAGUUUCCGUUUUUGCAAAAUAAAAAAGAAAUAUAUCAUUAGUACUGUAAAUAAUAUAAAUUAAUGACUUCGCUUUAAAAGUGGACCGUAAGUUGGAUAACUCUAUAAUAUAAUAUUUUACGAAUAUAUAACUAUGUAUUGUAGUGCUGCUGUUAUUUUUGUAAAAAGUAAUUAGAUUAUGUGCAAUAUUUAUGAAACAAGUUUUAUCGAAAUAAAGCUGAUUAAAUGAAUUUAAAAUCUU